AUGACGGUUUCGAGUUCUUUUCUUUCUCACAAUGAAGCGUUCGAUCGAGUCAUUGGCGCCAAUCCGACUCUAGAGCUUAUCGCCGAAAAUGAAGCCUACCCUUUUGCUCACGAGGCGGGAGUCUACGUACCUUUGUCCAACACGUGGUUCAUCACGAGUAAUCGAUUUACUAAUUCAGAAACAGGUCAGCAAGAAAGUCAUAAUAACAAGAGUGUUGUUGGACGGUGUCGACAGGGCGGGUACGGCAACAUGCGAGGAGAUAAACACCACUCCAACCGCGAUCCUAUGGCCAUUGGCGGGAUAAAUUAUCGAGGAGGCAUUCUCAUCUGUGCCCAGGGUUCCAUGAAUUCACCCAGUAGUCUAUACCAUAUGUCUUCCCAGCCACCGUAUUCGACAACCCUGAUGAAAAGUGACUUUUACGGGCGUUCUUUCAAUUCAGUCAAUAAUGUUGUCAUCCAUAGUGACGGUAGUAUCUGGUUUACUGACCCGAUAUAUGGGUUUGAACAAGGGUAUCGACCAGCCUCAAGAUUACCGAAUCAGAUAUACCGAUUUAACCCGGCGGAUGGCAGCAUUCGGGCCACGGCAGACGGCUUCGGCAGGCCAAAUUUCUCCCCAGAUGAAAAACAGAUACACGUCACAGAUACAGACUGGAUACAUGGAGACGGGACUACAAAUAAUACGCGAGCUUCCUCUAUUUACGCUUUCGAAGUAACGGUCUAUCACAAUCAGCCAUUCCUAACAGGCCGCCGUCUUUUCGCCAUGGCUGACACCACAAUCCCCGAUGGUAUCAAAUGUGAUCCAGCGGGAAACGUUUAUAGCGGUUGUGGCGAUGGUGUCAAUGUCUGGUCACCAGGUGGUGUACUUCUAUGUCGGAUCUUGGUCGAAGGAGGAGUUGCCAACUUCUGCUGGGGAAGAGAUGGAGAGAUGUUUUUGAUGAAUGAACAUCGACUUUAUAGAGCGAAGUUGACUGGAGAAGACACAAAAGGCGCUGUUAUUGGGGUUUGA